GCAAAAACAACCCUCCAUUGUUCCUUCCCAAGCCAACUCCAGCUUGACUCGAGUCUUCACUUCUUUUAGUCUCUUCGAGUUCACGGUUUCCAAUUCACUAACCCAGUCCACGUGAUUCUGCAAUCACUCAUUGGAUCUGGACCUCCAGUUCCCCAGUCUUCUCGAGUUCUUCUCUCUGCAGCUUCUAUAUACAUGCUAAUUUUACAUGGUUGUGGAGAGAGCGUCACUGUGUGAGCUAAAUGAAGCGGAAGGUUGCGCAACAGAAAUCGAGCGACAAAUGGAAGAGGAAGGUGUUUGCGGCGAUUCUUUUGGUGGUUUGCGUAGGAAGCUUGGUGUAUAUGCAGACCCGGUGCAGUCAAAUCAUGGCGCUCGCAUCAUUGCGGUCUCAAUUUGUUCCGAAACCGAAGAUCGCAUUCUUGUUUAUUGCGCGAAAUCGGCUUCCGCUCGAUAUGGUGUGGGAUGCUUUCUUUAAGGGAGAGGAGAACCGCUUUUCAAUUUUUGUUCACCCAAGGCCGGGGUUUAUAUUCAACAAGGCAACCACAAGAUCUGUCCAUUUUAUGAAUCGUCAAGUUAAUGAUAGCAUUCAGGUAGAUUGGGGAGAGGCAAGCAUGAUAGAGGCGGAGCGUAUUUUGCUGAGGCAUGCACUCGAGGACCCUUUUAAUGAACGCUUUGUGUUUCUCUCAGAUAGCUGCAUUCCUCUGUACAACUUCAGCUACACAUAUGACUAUAUCAUCUCAACAUCAACUAGUUUUGUAGACAGUUUUGCUGAUACAAAAGAGGGUCGAUAUAAUCCAAAAAUGUCUCCUGUUAUUCCUGUACACAAUUGGAGGAAAGGCUCUCAGUGGGCUGUUCUUAAUAGAAACCACGCUCAGGUUGUGGUGAAUGACACUACCGUCUUUCCUAUGUUUCAACAGCAUUGCAAGAAGAAGUCCCUACCUGAGUUUUGGCGGGAUCGCCCACUUCCAGCUGAUGGUUCCAAGGAGCACAAUUGCAUAUCAGAUGAACAUUAUGUACAGACGUUACUGGCUCAGGAAGGCCUUGAAGGGGAAGUCACUCGAAGAUCACUUUCGCAUAGUUCAUGGGAUCUUUCAGCCUCCAAAGACCGCGAACGUCGUGGAUGGCAUCCGGUGACUUAUAAGCUUGCUGAUGCUACUCCUAUGCUUAUUCAAUCUAUAAAGCUACUGGAACAUAACCAAUGACACUCUAAUGCAUAGGAAGUUUACUCUGUUCUUUCCAGUUCUGAUUGUUGUGAAACAGUUUGGUUCCUAAUAUGUAAUUUAUUUCAAUGUGAUAACAAACCUAUUGUUUGGGACAUAUGAUACAAAUGCUGUUUUUUUAUUAGUUAGACUAGUCAGUGGAUAUUAUUUAAAUAAGAGUAUCAUCUUUAAAAAACCUCAUAUAUAUCUCUUUAUCCUGUUUACCUGUAUUCCACGUCCCCAAUUAAUCCAGCAUAUGAAAUACAAACAGUCAUAUUUUCCUUGGUUUCGGUGUCCUGAAACUUUCUAAUGCUAAAUGUACACCACCUUUUUGUAUUUAUAGAACUCUUGCAUUAUCAAGCCCAUCCAAUAGUUGUUCUAUACUAGAAUGAUUAGACAAGCUGGAUAUUAGAUAUCUUUAAAGGCUUUGGGUGUGCAAUUACUCCCAAACAGGUUUUAAUUUAUGUU